AUGGCCACUCUCUCUCCCUUCCUCCUCUCUCCCAAGCUCGUCUUCUUCGACCCGCACCGCCACCUCAAACUCCGGCGAUGGACCGCUCACUAUCCACCGGUAAACUUCGCCGUUCGCGCUUCUUCCUCCGUCAAGAAAUCCAGGAGGAAGGCGAAGAGCAAUGAGGAGCUUUGCGAUGAGCUCCUGGAGUUCAUUGCGGCGGUUGGACUUCCACCAGGUCAUGUUCCCUCCAUGAAAGAGCUCUCGCAGCACGGAAGAAAGGACCUUGCGUACAUUGUUAGGCGGAGGGGAUAUAAGCUUAUACGAGAUCUACUUGCUGACUCGAUGGAGUCAGAAUCAACGGAUGAGAAUGAUGAUGGAGUUGAUGGUGGUCAGAAAGAUAUAGUGACAGGUCAGGAUCAAGAGGUGAAUGAUGUUGUCGAGGAAUUCUCUUCCUUGAGUGAAGUUUCAGUCUUGGAAAGUAAUUCUGAAUCUUUGGUUACCGAUCCAGUUUUGAACCAUGAUGACGGUGUUGUUGUACCUGUGGAAUCUUCUGCGGAUUUGCUUUUGCAGGAUACAUCCUCAAGUAAUUUAGAAGUUCAUGGUGAACAGGUGGAUAAUAUGGAAGGCAAUUGUCAUGUGUCAAAUGUUCCUACUGUCGAGAGUCAUGUCAAUAUUGUUUACCAUUAG